CCAAGGAAAACUUAUGGAAGUUACCAUGGAUUCAGGGAACGAAGUAGCCGGCCGCGGAGACGGGAGCGGUCGUGAAACCUGGUCCAAGAAGAUAGACUUCUUACUAUCUGUCAUUGGGUUUUGUGUGGAUCUAGCCAACGUCUGGAGGUUCCCUUACAUGUGCUACAAAAAUGGCGGGGGUGCUUUUCUGAUACCAUACAUCUUCAUGUUGAUCUUCAUGGGAAUACCACUCUUCUACAUGGAGUUAGCCCUGGGACAGUACCAUCAAACCGGUCCUAUCACAGUCUGGGACAAGGUUAGCCCGCUCUUCAAAGGUGUGGGGUUUGCGAUGAUCUGUAUCGCGUUCUUUGUCGACUUCUACUACAAUGUGAUCAUCUCGUAUUCCAUCUACUACCUCAUCGCAUCCUUUCAGAAGGUCUUACCCUGGAGUACGUGUUCCAACUCGUGGAACACCGACCGAUGCUUCGAACCUCGCUCUGGUCCGGCUUACAAUGUCUCCAUAGUAUUCGUCAACGAGUACGGAAAGAACGUCACCGAUAUCGUCGAUCGAAAUGUAUCAGCUGCAACAGAAUAUUACGAACGAGCAGUGUUACAGUCGCAUGAGAGCAGCGGUAUUGAUGACCUCGGCAAGGUGGUAUGGCAACUGGCUCUCUGUCUUCUCGCAGUCUACAUCAUCUGCUACUUCAGUCUUUGGAAGGGCAUCAAAGGCUCAGGAAAGGUUGUAUGGAUAACAGCUACCCUUCCGUACGUGGUAUUAUUCUGUCUGCUUAUCAGGGGUGUGACUCUACCUGGCGCUGGCGAGGGGAUCAAGUAUUACCUCAUUCCGAAAUGGGAUCGUCUGCUAACUGCUUCAGUAUGGGUUGAUGCCGCCACACAGAUCUGUUUCUCUCUUGGCCCUGGAUUUGGUGUUCUUCUUGCACUUUCAAGCUACAACAGAUUCCACAACAAUAUCUAUAAAGACGCAUUGUUGACAAGUACUAUCAAUUGCUGUACAAGUUUCCUUGCUGGUUUUGUGGUGUUUGCAGUAUUGGGUUACAUGGCAGAUCGUAACAAACAGUCUAUUGACCAAGUAGCAACAGAAGGACCUGGACUUGUCUUUGUGACAUAUCCUGAAGCAUUAGCUACGAUGCCCGGCGCCAAUGUCUGGUCCGUCCUCUUCUUUCUCAUGCUGCUCACACUGGGUCUUGACAGCUCGUUUGGUGGAUCAGAAGCAAUCCUGACAGGUCUUGGUGAUCAGUUCCCUAAGGUGGUAAAGAAGCAUCGUGAGAUCUUUAUCGCCUUCCUCUUUGCACUCUACUUUUUGGUUGGUUUAGCAUUCACAUCCCAGGGUGGCACAUAUCUGGUAAAUCUAUUUGACAACUGUGCAGCUUACUACGCCAUAUUGUUUGUGGUUUUGUUUGAGACACUGGCAGUAGCAUGGUUAUAUGGACUCACGAUACCAACAGAGAAAGUUUCAGAAGACAUAGAAGAGAUGUGCGGAUGGAAGCCAGGGUUUUAUUGGCGGUUCUGCUGGAUGUUCCUCAGCCCUGUUAUGAUUAUAUUCAUCAUGGGGUUCGGUCUGGCAAACUACGCACCAUUUACCCUGGAUAGCUAUGAAUACCCUGAAUGGUCAGUAGCCGUUGGUUGGAUGAUAACAUGUACAUCCAUCUCCAUGAUACCCAUCGUAGCUGCCUACCAACUCCUCACGACACCUGGCUCAUUGUGGGAGCGUAUCAUGACGAAUCUUCAUCCCCGGAAAUCGUGGCCUAAUGGCUAUGACGGCAGCGUGUAUACCGCAGAACACGAGAGCAGAAUGAACGGCAUGGUACUGGAGGCAACGUGCAAGCCAGUGACGCUUGUGUGAGGCAUCCCACAAUGCACCUGUCAAAUAAUUUAAAUGCAACUGGAGGCAGCUUGCAAGCCAGUGAAUUGUGUCAAUCCGAUGAUACUAAAGCAUAUUUUAUGUAUUCAAUACUAUGAAUAAGUGAGAGGUCAAAAUCAAAGGAAUGAAAAUUGCCGAAUUGAAUACACCCACAAGAGCAAGCCUUUUGUAGGUUAAUUUUUAUCUUAGUUGAAGAUGUAUUCACGUCAAGUCAGAUUGAUUUGAACUUUAUAACUCAAAAUCAUUAGAACAUUGUUUUUUUGGGGGGGUUAUUCAUAAGUGGUUCUACACAAUAUUAUGUGUAUUUUGCAGGAACACAAAAAAUCUAUGUAUAAAUAAAACAACAUUUCAAACAUAUUGACAAAUACACUGACAUAUUGUGAGCGCCCUCUCUAGGUGACAAUUCGUGAGAUGGUACUAUUUGGAUGUAUGUUCAGUGUCAGCUUAAACAUUGUGUAAAACUUGGACUAUUAUUUUGUAUUAUGUGAAAUGGACUUGGGUCAAGUUGUCUACAUUUCAAAAGAACCAGGAAAAUCUUAAAACAUUUAAUAAAAAAGUAAUAAAGCAGUCUGUCAGAAUUUAUCUUUGACUGUUCCUCAGUCGCCAUUAAGCUGUUGACUACAAACUUCUUGAAAGUCAAUACAUAUUCAGUGUAUGAAACAUGAAAAUAUAAUAAAAACAUUAUUGUGAUGACAUGAGUAUGAAGACAAUUGUCACUGGAAAACAAGAACUUAAAACGCUCACUUGUCAUAAACACUAUAAAGAAAUUAAAAAUCACAAUGUAAAUAGUACUGUAACUAUCUUUCCAGUGAAGUUGUGUAAAUACUAUAUAAUAUAUGGUAACUUUUUUGUAGUAAAUUUAUAGUGGAUGUAAAGUUGUAUGGAGUGAAAUGCGACUGGUAUCGACCAAAGCGAGUGUACUUUGGAAGUACUUGUGAGAUUUAAUACUUUCUGUAUAAUUCUUCCAUAUUUCCUACCCAAGCAAUAUCUGUGUGUAGAAGGGACAUGACCAGCCCAUUUAAAAAAUCAUUUUGUUUUAUCUAGGCGAUAGAGUAACAAAUUAUUUCAAGAUAUGUAUAGAAAAGUGUGUAAUUCCAGUGUGUCCUUUUUUCAAUAAAUAAACUAGGAAAUACAUCAAGUCUUUGGUUUACUUCAAUGAGGAUUUGCUAUGAUGUUCCAUGAGUGAAGGUUUUAAAAUAUAUCUGAUAGGAUUCAAUUGAUGUUGAAUUGAUGGAGAAAAAGGCAUUACAAUUUAUUUCCAAUUGUAAAUAAAUAGGGAACAAAUCUACGUAAAGUUAAUCUAAACAAGUUGCAAUGAGGACGCUUUAUUGGGUGGAUCAAAUGAAUGAAGCUUAUCAACUUAAUUAUACCUUGUUGUCUUUAAAACAUUGGAUUUUAAAUUUAGUUGAUAUCUUGCCAAUGUUCUUUUGAUGAUUGUAUAUUCUUUCUCUGAAUCUUCAGUCGUAUGUCUUUCUGUUUAUUAUUGGUGGUAAUAAGCAGCCGUUUGUAUUUACAGUCUUUCAUUACGAGAUGACUGUAAUCCUGGAGUUUUUUGUCUUAAAACAGACUUUGUAGAUCAAUUGUGACUAUGGAAGGCCUGUGAUCAUGGCCGUACGCAGCAGGGGCAGUUGCCCCCCCCCCCCCAGAAGUUUUGAAAACUUACAUUUUCUUACUGAAAAUUUUCACAAAUUUUCACCAUAAAUAUGCAAGAAAUCCUUCAAUUCCACUUUAAAAAGGGCAAAAGCGCCCCAAUGACAAGCUUGGACGCUUCGCUCCCUCACUUUUGAGUUCUUUCGAAAAAGUUUAUGCGUGCUGCCCCCCCCCCCCCCCCAGCGAAAAUGGCUGCGUACGGCCAUGCCUGCGACAAUAAGAUUCCUCAACUUUACAAUCUUGACAAGAAUUGGUCACAGUCUUCAUACUUUCCCAUCGAACAUAGAAAGAAAGCAUGCUGCUCAGUCAAAUUAAUAACACUUGCAUGGUUGUGAUUCAGUCAUCUAUCAAGAGCACACAGCUUGCACAUGUGCACAUUUUAGAUGAUAAAUUCUGGCAUCACUGGCUUUCCAUAGUCAAGUUGGACAGGCUUUUUUUUUUUAAAUACUCGACAGAUCAUUAAAAGAAAUGCAAAAAAUAGUGAAAAUAUUGAUCCAUCUUGGGCAAUUCUGCAAAGUACAUGUAGAUAUUGCACUUAAUAAAAGAUAUUAUAGUUAUUACCAUCAUCAUAAUUUUCUUUAAGCAAGUGCAGGACUGUAUACAGGAAAAAAUUGCUUGCAAUUAACCAUUUCAAGAUAAUACUUCAUUAUUUCUUGAUCAGUUAAUUCCUUAGCCAGGUUUUUAUUAGGUAUUGCAUUUCUCUUUUUUUUUCAUUUGUAUUCUUUACUUGUUAUAAAUAUUGUGAAUAUGAUGAAUCAAAAUGAAACCAAAAUGAAUCGAUCAUUAUAUGUUACUUUAUACCUAAAAUUGGUAUGAACUUUUUGAUACAAUAUAUCAGUGUCCAAUGUAUGUCGAUAAAGAACCACCUAGAAUUGGGACAUUAAUUAUUGCCUGUGUAUAAUAUGUCUUACAUGUCAAAUGAGAACAGAGGAAUAAAGCUUCUUCUAAACUUGAUUUAUAAGUUUAAUAUGGAAAUGACUGACAAGAUAUGAUAUUCUAUUCUGUACAAAAAUAUGCACUUUAUUCUAUCCAAUAACUAUUAAAUCAUAACACAGGAUAUUAUUAUUGUGACAUGAUUCAAUACAUUUUAAAUGCGUCAUUCUACAAAUCAUAUGAAAAUCGACAUGUGAAUUAACUAUGUAGACAAACAAAUGUAUCUAUGUAGCUGAUAUAUUAUCAUCAUGUGUAAUAUUAAAUAAUUAUUGGAAGCCUACUUUUCCCCCUCUAUGCAUGUUUGUAGUCGUCCAUUUGUAUAUUCCUUGUGUUCCCAGACAGUGUUGACCGGAUUAAUGGAAAAUCAGAUACUUAAAGGUUUGGUAGAUUGAUAUUAAAUAAUGAGAGAUAUACCUGAUCAACAUACACACUUUUUCAUCCAUCCACUUUUUUAGAUGUUAUCACUGCUUGCAAAUGAUAGUAGCCAGUGGUGUUAGAUCACUUGUUACAAUGUCUAACAGCUCACUUUUUGAUAGUUGCGAUCAAAUUCUAACAUUUUACCAUCAUUCCAGUCAUACUGGUGCCAUGGAAACAAGUAAACAAAAUCAUGAAGUUAAAGAGAAUUUCAUGGAAACUCACGCAGAUUGAUGAAAAUACAACAAUAAUUUCAUUCAUGAUCAGUUAGUUGAUAUGAUAAUUGUCUGAUCAAAGCAGGUUUGGUAAAUCAUAUAAUAUUGCUUUCUUGUUGAGACGGCCCUGCAGUAAAAAUGCUUGUGAUUGAUUGCAAAUCUCAAACUAUUGUGAUUUGUUGAACAAUAUUCACAUUCAACUUCAAGUCACAUAUUGAAAGAGGAAAGAGAACAACUAAAUUGUUUGGUUCUACAUUUUGAUGCACUUCUAGCAGUCAAUUUCUUGAUCUAAAAUCUGUUAUAUUUCGAACAAAAUUUUAUUCCCUAAAGUAACUGGUGUGCUUUACUUCCUUGACACUUCUCAUUGAACAAAGAGUUCAUGAUAUUCUGUACAAUUUAAUGUGAUUUUUAUAUAUUCCAUUUUGUUCUUAAUAUUAUAGUUCAGAUGGAUGAUUCUUACAGAUAAUGCAGCCACCUCCAAAGAAACACAAACAUCUCUCACCAAAACUUGAAGUUCAAUUGUAUAUUACCAUUUAAUUCAUCCAUUCAUGGAAUAACCAGUAACUUUAAAUUUACAAAAUCCUGAUCCUGAAAAAUAUGCGACUUAUACACAGGAAUUAAAAAAAAAGUAAUGUGACUUGUAAAUUGUUAUACGAUAUACUGUAUUUUGUAUCAGAUGUACAUGUAUGUAUAUGUCUUUUUAGUAGUAUCCUAUUCCAAAUAUUUCAUAUACAAGAAUGUUUUAACACACAGUGAGAGUAUUUAUGAAUCAUCUUGUCAAUUAUUGUACAAUAAUUUGUAAGUAAUAUUAGAUGUAAGGUAGAGAGAAGUAAUAUCAAUAUUUUAUGUAAUCAAAUCUAUAAUCCUGAGUGUUGUAUUUGUAUCCAAUAUUAUAUAUUUUCACCUGCGAGAUGUAAUGACGUCCAAAUUAUAUAAAUGUUAUCGACAAAAUAGAA